AUGAAUCCAAAAGAAGAAAACCGUCUUUUGAAACUUUAUGAGGAAGUAGCCAGCGAUGAAUAUAUUGAUAGUGAUAUAGCUUAUGGGCAAUCAAACUCAUAUCAUCCUGAAAAUGACGAUGUUGAUUCUGAUAACAGUAGCAUAGAGUCAGAGGUUCAAAAAACUCUUAAUGAAGAAGAUCAUGUUUCUGCAGAAGUGAGUCCCGAAUCAGAUGCUGACGAUAAUAUUCGUGCAAACGCAGACGCAGUCGAACGAAGUGAUAAUGAGGAUACUAAUGAAAAUGAAUGGAAUAUCGAGACUGUGAGUUCAGCUGGGAGUGUAGUUGCAAACAGAUUGUCAGAAAAUCCUAGUUGGAAAGUUUUAGCUAUCGAAGCUGGUAUAUUUGCUGACCCGCUAACUGACAUUCCUACUGCAGCUGGUAUAAAUUCAAGGUACCCAUAUGAUUGGGGCUUUAAAACUGAAAAAAUUCCGACAGCAUGUCUUGGUACCAUAGACGGUACAUGCCUUAUAGCAAAAGGAAAAGCAGUAGGAGGAACGUCAGUAACUAAUUUUAUGGUAUAUACUCGAGGAAAUAAAUUAGAUUAUGAUGAAUGGGCAGCAUUAGGAAAUACAGGUUGGUCAUAUGAUGAAGUUCUACCCUAUUUCUUAAAAUCUGAAAAUUGUGAAAAAUGUAAUGACGUUGAUAAGGAGUUUCACAGUAAUGAUGGACCAUUAAAUGUAGAACCUCCAGGUUGGGAAUCACCUAUAGUUAAUUUAUUUAUAAAAGCUGGCCAAGAGAUGGGAUACAACAAAUCGGAUCCAAAUGGUCGUCAACAAUUGGGUUUUUCGAAAGUAAAAGGAACUGAACGAAAUGGAAGAAGAUGCAGUACAGCGAAAGCAUUUAUUAAUCCAAUAUUACAACGACCAAAUUUUGAGCUUCUCACAUCUGCUACAGUAACAAAAAUCUUAAUUGGUCAUUCCACCAAGAAAGCUUAUGGAGUUCAAUUUAUUAAAUAUGGAAUAAAACACACAGUUCUAGCUACUAAAGAGAUAAUUCUAAGUGCAGGCACUAUUAACAGUCCGCACCUUUUAAUGAUAUCAGGAAUAGGUCCUAAGGAACACCUUGAGGAUAAGGGAAUCUCUUGUAUUCAGAACCUAAGUGUAGGAUAUAAUAUGCAAGACCACGUGGGCGUUAUACUACAAGCAAUUUUUGUUAAUGAGAGUGUUACUUUUAACGAUAUGUUAGCUGUUAAUCCUUGGACUUGGUACCAAUAUUUUUUUCAAGUAUUAUACGUUUCAUCGAAAUUUUCACUGCAAGAUACGGCAGAACUUGUUGAAGCUAUGGCACCUGUUGAACCAGCUGUAGUAAUGUUCUUAUUGUUACAACUCUUAUUAGUAGGUCUGGAACUGUCGUCCGAUUCUGAUUCAACGCUACCAUCUGAACUAGACUGCAAAAAGUCAGGGUCUUUAAGUAAGGGUCCUUUAACUUUACCAGGAGGUGCUGAAGCUUUGGCAUUUAUAAAGACAAAAUAUGCCUCUCCCACACACGACUACCCAGAUAUGGAGUUAGUACUUGGAGCAUCUUCCUUUAAUAGUUUAUUAUUUGGUCUAAUCGGCAACUUCGUUGGUAUACCUACCAAGAUCUUUAGGAAAGUUUUUGCGCCACACAUAGGGAAACCUUCUUUUAGUAUCAACCCAUUUAUUCUGAAGCCAAAGAGUAGAGGAAGGGUGUAUUUAGAAAAUAAAGAUCCGAUGAAAGCUCCUGUUAUAUUAACAAACUAUUUUAAAAGCGAAGAAGAUGUGAAUACAUUAGUUGAAGGACUUAAAGUGGUUAUGCAAAUAGCAGAAUCUGAACCUUUUAAAAGAUACAAUACGAAGAUAAAUAAAUCUCCCUUUCCUGGAUGUGAAACAUUCAUAUUUGGCAGUGAUGACUAUUGGAAAUGUGUUGUACGGCAAGUUGCAGUUUCUGAACAACAUCAUGUAGGUACCUGUAAAAUGGGUCCAAAGACUGAUCCUGAUUCUGUAGUUGACCCGUCGCUAAAAGUGUAUGGAAUUCAAGGCCUUCGAGUGGUUGAUGCAUCUAUUAUGCCAAAUAUUAUAGCAGGACAUACAAAUGCACCUGCAAUAAUGAUAGGGGAGAAAGCGGCUGAUAUGAUUUCAAAAGACUGGUAG